UGUGCGUUUUGCGGAUCAGGCAACAGUAAAAUUGUUCAAACUACUUGCUUCUUUUAUUAAAGAAUUUACAAAGAUUGCAGAAUAUUAAAAAAUUAAAAAUAAAAAUGAAACAAGCGUACAGUGUUCCACAAUUUAUAGGGGAUCUUGCAGCCAUGGUGUAUUUCUCGAUAAUCACAGUAGUAUACAUGAUCUGUUGGAUCGUAACUAUUUCUGUGAUCUUUUACGGCAGCUUCUUUUGGAAGUCAUUGAUCAUAUUUUACAUUUUGUAUAUUUAUAUAUCAAGUUCCAAAUUCUUUUUUACCAUUCAAGGAAAUGGCCUUAGAUUUGCGCGCAGCAAUUGGUUUUGGAAACAUCUUCGCCACUACUUUCCUGUUGAGUUGGUGAAAACAACAAAUCUACCUUCAAAUAAACACUAUAUAUUCGCAAACUUUCCACAUGGAGUUCUCACCUAUGGCUGCUCUGUUAACGUAACAUUUGAUAUUGAUAAUUGGCUCACGCUUUUCCCCGGUAUUCGACCCAAACAAACUAUUUUGAAUUCGACAUAUGUAACACCAUUCCUUCACGAGUAUUUGCGGCUUUGCGGUUUCGUUUCCGUGUCUGAAAAAUCAUUAAUGUAUCAUUUAACCAGCCGCUGGCAGGGCGAUGGUUUCAUGUCCAAUGGUAUUUUCAUUACGGUUGGAGGUGCACAAGAGGCUUUGGAUUCGCGUCCAGGCAAAUAUAAACUGACAUUUUUGAAACGUAAAGGAUUUGUUCGUGUGGCGAUUAAAAGUGGCGCUUCCAUCGUUCCGUGCUUCACUUUUGGUGAGGUGGACAGUUUUGAUCGGUGGGAUGGUCAAUGGGCUUUGCGUUGGCAGUUGCUGGUUAAACGUUUGUCUGGUAUAUCGAUAACGUUAAUCAAAGGACGUGGUGGCUUUCCAAUACCUUUUAAGCGGCGAAUUGUUCAAGUGGUUGGCGCACCGAUCGAAGUGCAGCAAGAUGACAGCCCACGACCCGAAUAUGUGGACGAAAUCCAUCAAAAAGUCGUUGAAGGUGUGAGGAAUUUAUUUGAAUCUCACAAAAUGCGGUACAUAGAUGAUUAUGAAAAUACAAAACUUAUAAUUAAAUAAACGAAUACUACUAAUA